UACAAGUGGUCAAUAGUGUCUAAUGUUGAUGCUUACAUCUGUUGUAUGCAUGUAGGUAUAUUCCAAAUAUAGAUUCUGAGAGACGAUAGAAUGAGUUUGGUGAACUGGAUGUCAGUCCUCGUGGUUUCUCAGACAGCUUUCUGUAUUGAACAACCAUACAGACUUGUUGAGAAUACUACAUGUUUGGAGAUAAAUAGUCAAGAUCGUUUGUCAUGUGGAAACAAUGGAGAUUAUCACUGCCUCCUGGAUGAGAAUUACUUUAAUGAGUAUGAGGUGUGCAGGGGAUGGAAGUGGAUUCCAACAGGAAAAUGUGCAUAUUUUAAUACUUAUGGAAGAGGAAAUGUUGACGAAAGAGAUUGUGAUCCUGUACCAGGGUUGACAUGUGCAUCAGCUCAGUAUAGUUCUACAGAUAAUACUCAAAAUAGUGCUUGUUACGUGAAGAAAGAAAUCACAACACAAAUAAGUACAAACAUAAAAGGGGAUGGUACUUCUGGAGGGAUGAGCGUCUGUUUAGCAAAUAACCAUGAAAGAGAGAUGCUUCUCCUGAUGUUUUCAUAUAUUUUCUUGCAACAUUUUAUCAACCGGUGAACCACAGGGAAAUAAAAGCUAUUAAAAGACGAUGGAAGUAAAACAAAAUCGACAAUGGUUUUUAUUAUCAUCAAGUAAUUCGUAUCAGCAAAUUUUUCACUACGUCAAAGUCUGCAGGUACUUGUUAUGUAGUACUAUGUAUAUUAAUGUAUCUACAUGUACAACUUCAUUGCCUUCAAUAGAUAUAUAUAUAUAUAUAUAUAAAACUUUGUCAUACAAUUGAAAUGAGGCAUGGUCUGAAAAUAAUUUAGUGCAACAGCUUCAGGCUUCAAGACGUGAUGGAAUUAAUUUUUUCAGAUUUUUACU